AUGCAAUUUUUGGAAUCAGUUGGCGACGGAGUGGAGUGGCAUGGUUUCGGUUUCGGAUCUUGAGCUCCAGGUGUUGGCAGCUGCGCGGUUCCGUAAACUUUUUGUGGGUCACGGCACUCUUGAAGAUCAGAUUCCACCCUCUCCUCCACCAAAUCACACCUGCUCUGUCCAGUUUGAAGUGUUCAGCAGUGUCAUGAUUUCCACUAUCCUCCGCAUAAGAAAUAACCGUUUGCUUCAACUUCAUCGUGUAUAAAAUUCUCUUCACACUGAUGGUGGAGGAUUUCCGCAAACCACAAAUGCGCAGUGAACAGAGUAUGAUUGCGAGACGAACGCCGACAAACACUGCCAUCCAUUAAGUGAUGUUGAAACCAAGCGCUAGCGACCGUUCGCGACUCCGGCGCUCGAGCUUAAUGGAUAACAAGAUGAUACCGGCAUCGCCGCUCUCAAAUUUCUUGCAUGGGAUGGGGGUGCUUACAUUCGCAUACAAACUUUUUUUCAGGCGUCUCGUUUGGAAAAGGACUUCAGCUGCCAGUGCCUGUUUUGGACAGGGAAGAUCCCACACCACCGGCUUUUUCUGAGGAAGAUGGCAUGGUACACCUCGGUGGCAAGAUAAAGCUUUCGAAGCUAAAGAUUGAUGAUUUAGUAGACAGACUCCCUCCCAAACGAUAUGUGAAAGAUUUGUGCAGGUGUAUUUAUACUCACGAAGAGAUGUGCGCGAGAAGUGUGACCGGUGCCCCCUGCCGGAGUCAAUUGAAGGAUGGGGCAAAGGGGAAGCUGCCGGUAACCCCAAUGAAACUGCUGGCCCUUGCAAAUGGUCUCAUGUACUACGAGGGAGCCAAACCCACCGAAGCUCGGCACACGGGCCCCGAACUUCAGAAGAUUGUGCGGGAGGUUUUAAAGGAGUUCCUGCCCGACAACGCAAGACAAGGCACAAGAAGGAGGGAACCACCGGCACCCAAAGAAUAAAUGUGCAUGCUUGGGUGAAACAGCACACAAGAUUUACACCCAAGCCUCCAUCCUCUCAAUAAAUGUUCCUCGAGGCAUUUAGGCAUAA